CAUUUUUUCAGAAGACUGGGGUGGGGGGAGCAGAAGCUAAUCAUAACCUUGCUUUCUCUUUUUCAAAACACAGGUUCUGCCUAUGAGUUAACAUGUUACUUCAGCAGCUCAGCACAGUACAGACCCGGACUUGGAAGUUUUAAGACUGAUAAUAUUGACCCAUGCCUCUGUACUCACCUUAUCUAUGCCUUUGCUGGAAUGUCCAAAAAUGAAAUCACCACUUUGGAAUGGAAUGACAUGGAUCAAUAUAAAGCUUUACAAGACCUAAAGAAGCAGAACAAAAAUUUGAAAACUUUAAUAUCAGUUGGUGGAUGGAACUUUGGAACUGCACCUUUUACUGCCAUGGUCUCAACAUUCAAGAACCGUGAAACAUUUAUUAAGUCUGUGAUUGAGUUCCUGCGAAAGUAUGACUUUGAUGGCCUGGAUAUAGAUUGGGAAUACCCUGGGGCCCGAGGUAGCCCUCCACAAGACAGACAUCUAUUUACUCUUCUGCUGCAGGAAAUCAAAGCAGCUUUUAAAUCAGAAGCCUUAAAAGCCAAGAAACAGAGACUCAUGAUAACUGCUGCCGUUGCCUCUGGUAUAGGCAAAAUUCUGUCAAGUUAUGAGAUACCUCAAAUCUCUAAAGCUUUGGAUUACAUCCAUGUCAUGACCUAUGACCUGCAUGGUGCUUGGGAAGGAUAUACUGGAGAGAACAGCCCACUGUUUGGACCACAUAGCUUGAAUGUUGUGAGUAGAAUAUAUUUAAAAGUGGAUUAUGCCUUGAACUACUGGAAGAACCAUGGUGCACCAGCUUCUAAACUCAUAGUAGGCUUCCCAACCUAUGGACGCACUUUCCGUCUGAGAAACCAAUUUGACACUGCCAUUGGUGCUCCUACCUUGGGAUCUGGACCAGCUGGCCCCUAUACAAAGCAGCCUGGAAUAUGGGCUUACUAUGAGAUCUGCCAUUUUAUAAAGACUGGGGCCAGAAGUGAAUGGUCUUUUUCCGAAGAUGUUCCCUAUGCCUUCCAUGGCAGUGACUGGGUGGGGUAUGAUAAUACCAUCAGUUUCCAGCUGAAGGCUGAUUGGUUGAUGCAGAAUAACUUUGGAGGAGCAAUGGUUUGGUCACUUGACAUGGAUGAUUUCACUGGUACAUUUUGUAACCAAGGCAAAUUCCCUCUUGUCUCUGCAUUGAAGGAAACCCUUGGAAUUGAUUCUACCAGCAGUGGUUCUGAGGAACAUUCAAAGAGUAGUGAUACAAAUUCUAAGCAUGAGGAUCAUUCAGGCAAUAAUCCUGGAAGUUCAACUGGCACUGGAUUCUGUGUGGGAAAAGCAAAUGGUUUAUACCCAGUAGCAGGUGACAGGAAUGCUUUCUGGAACUGUGCAAAUGGAAUUACAUACAAACAAUACUGCUCUACUGGCCUUGUGUUUGAUGAAAGUUGUGAAUGCUGUAAGUUACUUCAAAAUAUGGACAUAAUAAGAAAAAUGUGCUAA